AUGCCCCGAAGCGAAGCGUACAUAAAUUUUAAUCCUCAUGUUACCCCAGAACCACAUUUUAAGCCUGGGUAUACCGGUUAUCUGCCUGGAUAUGGUCCUCAUCGUCUUUAUCUUCCUCCAAAGACGUUUGGCAAGGCAACACACGAAUUGCUGCUUCCUCAUCCCAUUGCAGGCUACAGACUGAACACUAUUCUUGAAGUACCUACUGCCGAACUCAUGGCCAAGCAGGAACAAGAAUUUUACCUCUAUCAACACCAGCGUUAUACCAAGGAUCUAAAACGGCGAAAAGAUACUAUACCUGGAUAUGUGGGUCAUAUACCAAGAACGAGGAAUAUUAUUGGGCAAGCUUUUCCGAAAGCGGUCAGGAAGGGCACUGCUGAAUUUUAUAAAAUUAGAUCGAUGAAGUUAAAAUCGCAAUGA